AUGGCUGGCUUCUUUUCACUAGGUGGUGGAGCAGCAGCAACUACCAGCCAAGAUCAGCAGCAGGAGACCACCAAUAAUCCAGAAAGUAAUUGGUUUUUGUACAGAAAUGAUCAUCAUCAAGAAUUGCCCACAACCUACAGAGGUUUUGAGUUAUGGCAAAACACUAAUUCCCAACCUCAGAUUCGCAACCCAAUUAAUCCUCUUCAAGAUCUUUAUCCUACAGCCGCUGUUGGAUUAGGUAUCGGGCCGAGUCAUAGUGGUUAUCCUCCUAUGGCUCGGCCCAAUCACGACCCUCCUUCGGCAGGAGGAUCGGGUUUGGUGAUGAUGAGGAGUGGGGGAGGGGGAAUUAGCUGCCAGGAUUGUGGUAAUCAAGCGAAAAAAGAUUGUCCACACAUGAGAUGUAGGACUUGUUGCAAGAGUCGAGGCUUUCAGUGCCAAACCCAUGUGAGAAGCACUUGGGUUCCAGCCGCUAAAAGGAGAGAAAGGCAACAACAGCUUUCUACUUUACAGCAACAGCAAGAAGAAGAAGAACAACAACAGCAGCAGCAGCAAACGCUGCAGCUCCACAGAGAUAACCCCAAAAGGCCAAGAGAGGAUCCAAGUGCUUCCUCUCUUGUUUGCACUCGUAUAUUACCUUCCACUACUUCUGGGUUAGAAGUGGGGAAUUUUCCAGCAAAAGUAACUUCAAAUGCCGUAUUUCACUGCGUUCGAAUGAGCUCCGUUGACGAUGCCGAUGAUCAAUUCGCAUAUCAAACAGCUGUAAACAUUGGUGGGCACGUGUUUAAAGGAAUUCUAUAUGAUCAAGGUCCGGACAAUCAGUACAUGGCUGGCGGUGAAAGCUCAUCCGGUGGCGGCAGUGCCAGUCACCAGCAUAACCUUAUUGGUGCUGCAGGCACUGCCACAUCAGCUGCUACAAGUGGUGGUGCAGCACCCGAAGCCUCACCUUAUCUGGAUCCUUCAUUAUAUCCAGCUCCUCUCAACACUUUCAUGGCUGGUACGCAAUUCUUUCCACCUCCAAGAUCUUGAUGAGCUUCAAUAUUCUUCUACACACCGAAAAAAUUGACAUUUGACUUUUUACUCUGUAAUGAGAUACAGUUAUGUUAGUAAGUAGUCGUUAAGGCUGAUAAAUUCUAGGGGUGGGUGGGGGGUUGGAAUAGAAGCAAAUUGAGAGAAUGUGGAGGGGAUGAUGUUUAGUUUUCAAGUUCUAAUUUCAAUCAUAAUUGGAUUAUUUCCAUUAAUUCUCAUGGAAUCUCUUAUAAGGUCUCUCCCUUUGAGCUGAAAUGUUGAAUUUCUUGUUUAA